AUGGCCUUGGGGGGCGCCUUCAGCAUCUUCAUGGCACUCUGCCUGUCUUGCCUGCUCAUCCUCAUUGCUUGGAAACGAACCGCCAAAGGAGGGAAGCUGCCCCCUGGGCCCACACCGAUACCGUUUUUGGGGAACCUGUUGCAAGUCCGCAUUGAUGCCACAUUUCAGUCCUUCCUGAAGCUCCAGAAAAAAUAUGGCCCCGUGUUCACUGUGUACUUCGGCCCGAGGCCAGUGGUCAUCUUAUGUGGGCACGAGGCAAUGAAGGAAGCCCUAGUGGACCAGGCAGAUGACUUCAGCGGCCGGGGCGAAAUGCCUACACUAGAGAGGAACUUCCAAGGUCAUGGUUUAGCUCUGGCCAAUGGAGAACGAUGGAGGAUUCUUCGGCGCUUUUCCCUGACGGUCCUUCGAAACUUUGGGAUGGGAAAGCGGAGCAUUGAGGAACGGAUCCAAGAGGAGGCUGGCUUCCUACUGGAGGAAUUCCAUAAAUCCAAGGGAGCUCCCAUAGACCCCACCUUCUACCUCAGCCGCACCGUGUCCAACGUCAUCUGUGCCGUUGUCUUUGGAAAGCGUUUUGACUACGAGGACAAGAUUUUUCAGAGCCUGAUGAAGAUGAUCAAUGAGAGCUUUAUGGAGAUGAGCAUGCCCUGGGCACAGUUAUAUGACAUGUACUGGGGAGUCAUGCAGUAUUUUCCAGGAAGACACAACCACCUCUAUAACUUGAUAGAAGAGCUUAAGGACUUCAUUGCCUCCAGGAUCAAGGUCAAUGAAGCAUCCGUUGACCCCUCAAACCCUAGGGACUUCAUUGACUGCUUUCUCAUCAAGAUGCACCAGGAUAAAAGUGAUCCCCACUCAGAAUUCAACCUCAAGAACUUGGUCCUCACCACCCUCAACCUCUUCUUCGCUGGCACGGAAACUGUGAGUUCCACAUUACGCUACGGAUUCUUGCUGCUGCUGAAGUACCCCGAGGUGGAAGCCAAGAUUCAUGAGGAGAUUAACCGGGUGAUUGGAACACACCGCGCCCCAAGAGUGGAUGACCGGACCAAGAUGCCCUACACUGAUGCUGUCAUCCACGAGAUACAGAGACUGACAGACAUCGUGCCCAUGGGCGUCCCCCAUAAUGUCGUACGGGACACUCAUUUCCGAGGCUACUUUCUGCCCAAGGGCACAGAUGUAUAUCCGCUCAUCGGCUCGGUCCUCAAAGAUCCCAAGUACUUCCGCUACCCGGAUGCUUUUUAUCCGCAACACUUCCUGGAUGAACAGGGACGCUUCAAGAAGAACGAAGCGUUUGUGGUUUUUUCCUCUGGAAAGCGCAUCUGCGUCGGGGAGGCUCUGGCGCGCAUGGAACUCUUCAUCUACUUCACGUCCGUCCUUCAGAGGUUCUCCUUACGUUCCCUGGUGCCUCCUGCUGAUAUCGACAUUACUCACAAGAUCUCGGGCUUUGGCAAUAUCCCCCCCACCUACGAGCUCUGCCUUGUGGCCCGCUGA